AUGAGUACUGAAGCAUCGGAGUCCGCGAUGCGCGCUCCAAAGGAGCCUGUUUCCGAUGUCUACGAACCUCCUCAGGAUACAUCCGAGUCUGAAUCUAUGAAUGGACUCUCCCCAGACGAGUUAAGCGACGAUCAUGUCGAACGCAUCUACAAUAAAUUGGAUUGGCGGAUUAUUCCUGCCCUCUGGGUUCUUUACUUCAUGGCGUCGGCCAUUCGCUCAAAUGUCGGCCUGGCGCAAACUAUGAACGAAGCUGCUGGACACGACAUCGGAACUGUGCUGCACAUGAAUAGUCACCAGAUAUCAACCGCACUGGCGUUAUUCUAUGUCGGAUAUGUGGUUUUUGAUUUACCCUCUAACCUGGUCAUGACACGGCUGAGUCCACAUGUGUGGAUGAGUCGCAUUAUAAUUAGUGUCGGAUUGAUCGGCACAUGUAUGGUAGCUAUGAAAGCAGCUUGGAGCUUUUACUUGCUUCGCCUUCUAUUGGGUAUCGUUGAAGCAGGAUUGUGGCCGGGUAUGACCUACUACUUGACCCUGUUCUAUCCGCCAUCUCGAAUUGGCAAGCGAAUUGGUCGGUACUUUACUGCCGCGCAAGUCUCGGCCGCUGUCGUGGGUCUUGUCUCUGCGGGAUUCCAGAAAAUGGACGGAGCCAGAGGCUACGUUGGAUUCCAAUGGAUGUUCUUGAUUUGGGGCGUGAUUACUAUUGCACUUGGAUUCGUUUUGCUAUGGUGGCUACCCGAUCGGCCUGUCACACCUGGUGAAGAAGAACCUCCUCGCGGGUGGUUCAUGCGUUGGGUUCCACGCAGUAGCCCGGCCUUGAAGGGUCGUGAUGCGCUUAUCCACUACCACGACUUGAAGCGUGUCUAUCAUGCUCCUGCAUGGAACUUUCGGGACUUGGUUCAUGUCUUCAUGGACUGGAGGCUGUGGCCGCUGUUGAUCAUGUACUUUGGCGUUGUUGGAGUUGGAAUUGGUGUCCAACUCUACGCGAACUUGAUUAUUCAGGCAAUCAACCCCUCGUUGAAUGGUGUUGACGUGAGCUUGCUGACUGCUCCUAUCUGGAUUAUGGAUCUGAUUGCUAUCUUGCUUGUGACACCCUUCUCCGACCGCUUCCAUCGCCACCGUGCUCUGUUCUUCUCCAUUCCAACAUUGCUCCAGAUCCUGGGUCUGCUUCUCACCAGCUACGCUGGCACUGACGAAAACCCCUGGCCACGGUAUGGUGGAUUGCUGAUCGUCGGAUUUGGCCUCGGACCUACUGUACCCAUCACCAUGACGUGGACAGCAGAGAUCUUCCAGCGCCGCCACGGCGAAGUCGGCGUGGCUGCAGCCUCUGCGGUUGUCUCUGGUUGGGGAAACCUUGGUAGUAUCAUGACAACCUACGCUCUGUACUCUGGAUGGGCGAGUGACGCCAAUGCUCCCGGAAGGCAGAAGUACCGGAAGAGUAACCUGGUUAUGAUUGGCAUCCUGAUCGCUAGUAUCUUGGCCGCAGUGCUGAUGCAAGUGGCCCUUCACUUCACGGAUCGUCAUGAACGUGACUCUGAGGAGCAAGAAGAUGCCUUUGAUGGUGCCGCGCGGAGGGAGGUGCAGCAGCGUGGACUACGGGGUUUGGGAUCAGGGAUGGGUCAGUGGUUGCGGCGCGGCAAACCUGACCAGAAGUAA